CAAGUCCCCAACACCCCCAACCCUCGAUCUCUUUCUCUUCUCGUUCUCUCCACGGGCGCUCGGUACAGAGGAGAGAGAGCCAACGACAGGAGAGGGAGGGGCCGCCGCCGCCGGCCAAGAUCUCCACCGCCGCCUCCCUCGCUCUCCUCAUCCCGAUCUGGAUCGCCUCCCUUCUCUCUCCCCCGUCCCGAUCUGGAUCGCCGCCCGCCGCUGGGGCCAUGGGUCUGGCCAUAGCCGCUGUCUGCAUCGCCCUCCUCCUCAUCCUGAAUUCCUGAUCUCGAACGCGUGGUGGUGCGAACCUGGGUCGAGCUUGCCUUCCCAGCCCGCAUCCAUGGCCGCGCUCCUCUUUUUCGUGCUUCUAGCAGUGUUUGGCGGCGCCGCCGCGGGCGACGACGUGUCUGCGCUGCUCGAGUUCAAAAAGGGCAUCUCGGACCUGGGAAAGGACCAGGUGCUGGGAUCCUGGUCGCCGCCGGAGACGACUUAUUCCGGCAGAGGCGGUGAUGGGUGCCUCGCGGCUUGGCGCGGCGUGGUGUGCGACGGCGGCGCGGUGGUCAGCGUCGCGCUCGAUGGGCUCGGCCUCGCAGGGGAGCUCAAGCUGGUCACGCUCGCCAACAUGCGCUCGCUCCAGAACCUCUCCCUUGCGGGAAACGCCUUCUCCGGCCGCUUGCCCCCCGGUAUCGGCUCCCUGUCGUCUCUCCGCCACCUCGACCUCUCCGGCAACCGCUUCUACGGCCCCAUCCCCGGCCGCCUCGCCGACCUUUCCGGCCUCGUGCACCUCAACCUUUCCUACAACAACUUCACCUCAGGCUUCCCCACCGAUGGGAUCCGGCAGCUCCAGAACCUGCGCCGCAUCGACCUCCGCAGCAACUCCUUCUGGGGCAAUGCUGGCGAUCUGCUCGCUGAACUCCGCAACGCCGAGCACAUCGAUCUGAGCGACAACCAGUUCACCGGGUCUGUUGAUUUGGAGCUGGAUAGCUUGUCCAGCAUCGGGAACAUGGUGAAGUAUAUGAACCUCAGCCACAACAGGCUGAGUGGCGGUUUCUUCCGGAACGAGAUGGUGGGGGCUUUCAAGAACUUGGAGACUCUUGAUUUGAGCAACACUGGGAUUGGUGGGAUGUUGCCAAGGAUCGAUUCAUGGUUCUCACUGGCAGUUUUCAAGGUGGCUGGUAAUGGGCUUUUUGGGAUGAUGCCUGAGACGCUCUUGCAUAAUUCAAUGCGGCUCGUCGAGGUUGAUCUUAGCCAGAAUGGCUUCUCAGGUAUCUCCCGCUUCCUAGACAAUGAACAUGCAUUGCUGAAUUUUCAUGAUUUACUAGCAUGGAUCCUAACCAGAGUUGAAAUUGUAACUUGCCUUACAGAAGUGAAUAGGAUGAAUGUGAGUGUGGAAUAUAUUCUUUAAAAAUGCUAGGAAUCUAUUUGUAAACGUGGAAAGAAAAAGUGACGGAUGAAUCAACUUUGGAAGAGAAUUGCUCUGAUUUUAAGGUGCUUCAACCUUUUGUGCUUUUGACAUUCAAAUACUGACCGAACUAUUCUUGCUCUACAUGCCAAAUGAUUCUCUAUUUUUAACAUUGUCAUUAUUGUAUCAACAAUCAUAAUAUGUUGUUAGGAUAAUAUGUUGUUAGGACUAUCUCCACUUGCAUUCAACUUGGCAGGAUUUAUUUUUAAUAUCAACUUUCUGGAAUUUUUGGUUGUUUUAUACUCAUGUGUUGGUAUGCCUCUAUGAUGGAUUUAACUUCAGUCACCUGCUGGAGCAGCUGGACGCCAGGUUUGGGUCUUAGCAUAAGCUUACCUCAUAAGCUUACCUGAUAUUUUCCUAUUGAAAAUGCUUACAAUUUAUGGUUAUUGUUUUCUUGUUAAAAUGGCUUACUACACUUUUGUUUCCCAACAGGUUGAUGAUAUAGAAAACGAAGCAAACAAACUUAUUCGAAUCAAGAACUAUCUUCAUGGCAAGUUAUCAGAGCACACAAGUCAUCCCAUUGAGAAGGGGUGGAAAUAAUGCCAGGUCAAAAGGAGGUCAAGCAAGUGAAAAUAUAUGGGGCUUUGGUUGUGCGAUCUCUGGAAACUACUCUAACUGCUUGUGGAACAAUUGUAUACUUUGAUUUCCAUCAAGAAAAUUAUGUUUUCAUGAUUUUACAUUUUUUUUCUCUUUCAUUUUCAUUGAACUUUCUGUAUACUUUGAUUUCCUUCGCCUUGUUGCCUAAAUAACUAUAUCUUUCUUUCCCAUGGUAGGAGGGGGAUUCCUUGUUGCCGUGCAAAAAACCUUUGCGUAGUUUAAAUAAGAGUGGGAUGCAGAGCGGAUGUGUGGAUGAAUAAAGGAUAGGAGAAAGCAAGACGGCGAUGUUUGUCACGGCAAAAAUUGUGUAUCUGUCAUCAGUGUAUUGAACAAUAUUAAUUAGUAUCUUUACGAUGAAUGUGUUAGUGGGAUUCUGUGGAAUGGGUAAAAAUUAAUAGGGAUCUACAUGGGCAUCACAUUUUCAUACUGCUGACAUCUAUCUCAACUCAUGGUUUUGCUUCAAACGUUCUAAUCUGUACCGAUCCUUGUAGUCUGUCUUAUAUUAAUCACCUGCAAUACCUUCAAGUCACAUAGAUGAGGAGGUGUUAGUUUUUAAAGGGGAAUCUUUUGCUGGACCAAAUUUGCUAAUAUAGUGCGGUAAUGCCAUUUGCGAUAAUUCUUAUCUUUUCUAAGCUCACCUUUUGUUAUAUAUCAUCCUUGAGGAAUUAUCUGAAAAUUAUUUGCUUCUCCUAUUGUUGCUCUGCUAUUUUACCAACUAAGAAUAUUGUCAGAACUCAGGAUAUAUUACCUGAAUGUAAUCUGCUCACCUUUGUUUACAAGAAAAAUGAAAUGUACUUUUCUUUUCUCAACCUGCGAUGAAUGCUAAUAUAUGGUGUGUCUCUCUUGUGCAGACUGAGAGGAGUGUGGAUAUGCUACUUCAUGGAAAGAAGCCACUGGUUGAGGUAGCUGACAUUAAGAGACUCAUGUUCUACUCUCAUACCCUCAGAAAGGUACUUUAAAAUCCCUCCCCCAUGUGGGUACGGCGGCCGGCAGGUGUUGGGUGUCGCAGUCUCGCUCUCUUUCAUGCCCGAGGUGACCAGUGAUCAGAAGGUGCUAGGGGCAGCACCGUGGGCAGUAGCGCUCUUAAUCGCUGGUAGCUCCACCGUCGGUGCCUCAUCCAAUCAGUGGUACCUCAUCGUUGUGUGCCUUUUCACUUUCGGAGCAUUCCUUCUGUAAUUUAUUCAUCUGCUCUUCUUUCUGAUUGAAGCGAGUCUAUAGGCGACUGAAGUUGUACAACAGAAAAUUAGUAGAGUUAAAUCAUGAAAUUAUGGAUCAUCUGAUUGAAUCAUCUGCUCUUUAUUCUGGAAAUCAAUGUACUGCACUCUUGGAACUUGAAA